AAGAGCUACACCGUCCGCGAGAAGCGCGAAGCGGUCCGCCUCGUCGAAGAUGUAGGGGUGGAGGAGGCAGCCCGCGAGCUCCAACUUGCUCGGGGCACUGUCUAUGGCUGGUGGAAGCAAACUGAAAAGCUUUUUAGCUUCACUGGCCACUCCACCUCUAAGUCCCUGAAGGGCUAGGGCCGCAGGGAAGUAUUUCCCGACAUUCCUGCGGUCGUCACCUUCAUGAAGGACGUGCGGCGCGAAGAGAAGGUAAGUUUUUUUUUAGAAUUUCAUAAUUUGUAGCGUUUAACCGUUAAACUUUAUGCUAUAAUGUACAGGCCCUCACUACACGUGGCAUUAUGUCCUUCAUGUGGGCAAUCGAGUUCAAGUGGGUCGAGGACUACCUGCAAAGGAAGCGGAGCGGCAUCCUGGCGCUUGAGCGCGUGGCCGAGAGACUCGCAAUUCGAUAAAUAAUUUUGUUUUUGCUAAAACUCCAUCCGUUUCCUAACAUUUACCUUUAUUUACGUGUUUAGGCAUGGUUUUACCUCCCAGAAGCCACAAACGGCAAAGAAAAGCACCGAGGAGCUACAGCAAACGCGCGCCGAGUUCGCGCUGGACUUCUGGAAGACGCACGCCGCGUACGGGCCGGAGGGCAUGUACAACGUGGACGAGACUGCCAUCAUUUUUGACAUGCCUCCGGCUCGGACGUGGGCGGGUAGAGGUCGGCGGGACGCUGCGAGGAUUGCGAACACGUCCAAGCACACCGGCCGCAUGACGGCUGUACUCACGAUUCGAGCUGAUGGUAAGUUUUCCUUUUUGUUGUUCUCUUAAUUUUUAUUUUUUAAGGCUAAUUUGUAUUUGUUAUACUAUUUUUAGGGAUAAAGCUGCCGAUUCUGUUUGUUCUGCGUGGCGGUCGAAUCGACACAAGCGAGUUCGAAGAGUAUCCGGAAGGAAACUUCUACACCGUCCAAGAGAACGCUUAGAUGGACGCUGUUACGUGGCGUUUUUACGUAGAAAAGUUGUUAAAAUAUGAAGUUGAUGGACCCGCUGUCCUCCUUCUUGACAACUUUGAGUGUCAUGUGUCGGAAGAGGGGCAGCGGGUCGUUGCUGAAGUUGCUAAUGCUACUGUGGUCCCUCUACCCGCAAACAACACGGCUGCUUGCCAGCCGCUGGAUGUCGGUGUAAUGGGGCCACUAAAGGCAAAGUUGCGCUCGAACUGGUCUGGCAUCACGGGUGGUAGUGCUAAGGAAAAGCGGCUCCGUGUCGUUCGCGCUACGAUUGCUACUUGGGAUGCCAUCCCCGAAAGCACUGUAAUUAGGAGCUUUAAGGCAGCUAUUCCUCAGUAUCCUGAGAUUAGCAUUUGAAUAAAAUGCAGCUUUUUUGCAGAACAUUCGGAUUUGUGUUUUGUUUUUGAACAGUUACGCAACCUUUUAGCCAAUCAUGUUUUUCUUUUUUAUCUGUGCCGUAUUUUGUGUUACACUCCUGAACUAUGGAGGAUGGCAGUCAGUCACGCCGGAUUUUUCCGUCGUUGUCUGUAAACGACUAGCGCACGUGCGAGAUAA